AUGGGGUCCAUCAGUGCAGCAAAUGCAGAAUUUUGUUUUGAUGUAUUCAAUGAGCUGAAAGUUCAUCAUGUCAAUGAGAAUAUCUUGUAUUCUCCCCUGAGCAUCAUUGCAGCCUUGGCCAUGGUCUAUCUGGGAGCCAGAGGCAACACUGAGUAUCAGAUGGAAAAGGUUCUUCACUUUGACAGCAUUGCAGGACUUGGAGGAAGUGUUCAGACCAAGCAAGACAGCAAGCCUGUGCAAAUGAUGAUUCAGAACAGCACGUUUAAGGUGGCCACGGUGGCUGCGGAGAAAAUGAAGAUCCUGGAGCUUCCGUAUGCCAGCGGAGAGCUGAGCAUGUUGGUGCUGUUGCCUGAUGAGGUUUCUGGCCUGGAGCAGAUUGAGAACACAAUCAGCUUUGAAAAACUCACACAGUGGACCAGUUCUACUCUGAUGGAAGAGAGGAGAGUGAAAGUGUACCUCCCUCGCAUGAAGAUUGAAGAAAAAUAUAACCUCACAUCUGUCUUAGUGGCCUUGGGAAUGACUGACCUGUUCAGCCCUUCAGCCAAUCUGUCUGCUAUCUCUUCCACAGAGAGCCUGAAGAUGUCUCAGGCUGUGCAUGGGGCGUACAUGGUAGUCAAUGAAGAGGGCACGGAGGUGGCUGGCUCAACAGGGGUGGUGGGAGACAUCAAGACUUCCCCUGAGUUUGAAGAGUUUAGGGCUGACCACCCAUUCCUCUUCUUGAUCAAACACAACCCAACCAACAGCAUUGUCUACUUUGGUAGAUAUUGUUCCCCCUAACAAGAGAAAGAGUUGGAAAUAACACAUGCCUUCCCCUCCCUCAGAAUUUGAACCCUUUAACUGUAGUAUUGUAGCAGAAUUUCAUCUCAAUAUUUUAUCAGUGUGGAAAGCCUUUAAUAUCUAGGGAGAUAUUCUUGAAGCAUGUGAAUUUUCAGAUCUUUAUGUGCAGGUAUUUCUAAUCAGCUUGGAUUCAGGACUUACAAUUUCAGCAGGUAGCUUAAGAAGAUUUCCCAAUGUCCUUGACUAACUUGGGAAACAGGGCCACUGUUUUGACUUUUUGUGAGAAAUCCUGCCAUCGCUAUUGAGAUCUGGUUUCUCUAAUAGGAGCUUUGUGAAAUAUACACUGCUUGCAGUAUAAUCCUUGUCCUUCCUGUUGAACUUGCUGAGCAACCAUCCUUGAAUUGAUGCCUGGACAACUUUCAGAUGAAAUUCUGAACUUCAGCAGAUCAUUCUUCUUCCAGCAUUCGGGCUUCUUUGUGCUGCACAUACUAUAAGGCCAUGCCACUUUUUCUGAGGGAGCAUACAGACAGUCUACCAUUUCUUCUCAAAUAAUCUCCAACCACAACAUCUUCCUGAUUGAUAUUAUUGCCCUUUUUCAUUUCAGUGACAUAUCGUUGAUUUUUUGAAUGUACAUGGGUUGUCCUUCUAUUUAUUCUAAUAAAAGCUUUGCAAACUAA